AUACCUAAUGCCCUUGUGGAGAAAUGUUGAAAUUAAAUAACCCAGAACACUAAUUUAUGUCAAAAUUCAGCCUUAAAAAUACUUUUCUUUAUAAGUGUUUAAAUAGGGUAAUUUAAAAAAAAAUAUUUGAUGAACACUUGACUCCAAUCUUUUAAUCACAUACCCUAUAUCUGAUAGGAAAAAAAAUGUUUACAAGGUGCCUCCAUCUUUUACAUUUUCAUACACAGCUAGCAGCACAUUUAUUGUGCAACUAGAACAUACCUACCAUUUGCUUAUGGUAUAGUGCUUUAUUUUUAUAAAAACAAUAGUGUUUGAUUGGUAUUACGUACAUAGUGAAUUUUAGGGCAGUCGCGUGAGUACGGAGGUAAUUAAAUGUAAAUUAUAUUUUAUUAUUAAUGUAUCUAUUGACUUGUUUUUUUAAAUGUGAGGGUAGUUGACCUAUAAAAAAUUCAAAAUCAUUAUCACUGAAGAUCAUCCCAGGUUUAAUCUUGCUCAAUUAAUCAAAAAACUGUUACUGUUUUUAAUAUUUAUUUAAAGCAUUUUUUUUUAUGAUAGGUUGUAAAUAAUCAAAAUGUCGGCGGAGUCGCCGCGACAUGCGCGAUCAGGCGGACCGCUUACGGUUCCUUCUCAGCCGCCUAGUGAUCGCAGCAUCAUCGACGCGGUCUCUGGGUUUAUCAAUGACGUCACGCUAUCAUCAUCCUCAAAUGUAGAUCCAAAGGACGUCAUACAAUGGGCAAGGUUCGAAACUGCAGACAUCAACGAACCGACGCCCGAAGGGGAUGGUGACCAUGACAUAACUCCUCUGCUCCUCAUCUUGGGGUAUGGGUCAGGGGUACAGGUGUGGCUGAUCCCGCCCAACGGCGAGGCGCAAGAGGUCCUGUCGUGGCGACAGGGCACAGUGAGGGUGCUCCGUAUACUGCCUACUCCGCAGCACGGCGACAGCUUCGCGUCGAAGAGGCCCCUCAUCGCCCUGUGUGACUCCGCUAGUCCUGGACCGACUUUCUGCUCCCUAAGCUUCAUUUCUAUCAGGGGCGGAGAACAAGUUAAAAGCAUAAAGUUCAAGAAUCCUAUCUUGGAUGUGCUGGCUAAUAAACGAUCAGUCGUCGUGUCGUUUUCGGAGAGAUUCGCCGUGUUCGAUGCAGAUACUUUGGAGGACAGAAUGGCUAUCACCACUUGUUAUCCGUGCCCCUGCCCACUCGGAGGCAGCAUGCCAAUCAAUCCAUUGGCAUUGGGAGACCGAUGGCUGGCGUACGCCGACAAGAAGCUUAAUCAAUCCAAAAGGAGCAGCGGUGGAUGCGAAGGUAACAUUUUUUUUUUGUAAUAUUUUAGUUUCACAAAAUGUAUGUUUUAGUAGUAUUAAACCCCAAGCAGGUAAAAAUUAUGAAUAAAACUAGCAGACCCGGCAAAUGUUAUUAUAUCAUAUUAAUUUCGGGUGGACCACCCUUAUAACAUAGAGAAAAAUAAUAAACUAUUCUUAGAUCUACUGAUUAUACAUGUAAAUUUUCAUCAAAAUCGGUCAAGUAACAGAGGAAUAUGGCGACGAAAGUGUGUAUUUUAUAUAUCAAACUAGUAUUUAAAAAAAAGAAAUAAUCGAAAUAAUUAUCUAUUACUAUUUGCUGCAUCAGUUUUUUGGUUAUAUGGACUUUUAAAUUCAAAUUUUUAUUUAAAUUCUCGUUAAUAAAAUGUAUUCGUAUAAUUAUGGCGUUUUAGAUUAUACAAAACUAGCUGAUCCGGCGAAUUUUGUACCGCCUUAUACCCUUUUUCUUUUAAAUCUUAUAUAUGAACCGUGUCAUGAAUUGUGGAAUAUAUAAAAAAUAGAAUCAUCCAAUUUGGUGCAGUCGGAACUGGAAUUCGGAAGUUAUGCGCGUACAUACGUUUGGGCGAUUAAUUUUUAUUCAUUGAUAUGUAAUAGCUCGCCCGGACAUUUU